AGUCUGAAGCAAGUCUGCUUGUCUGCUUCUAAAAUUCCAUUUCCAUUAUCUAUACAUAGUGUUUUACAAAAGAGUUCGCUGUAAAUUUUCAUGGAUAGUUGACACAGGAAGAAAAUUCUAAAACUAUUUAGGCCCUAUAUAUUACAAACAUUUUACUCAGUAAUAAAAUUAACAAUUAGUCUUUUAUAGGCCCUAACUAACAAAAUUUAAUUGUUUCUCUCAACAAGUUAGUACGUUGCAAAAUUGUCGUUUUUGUGUUCAACGAAAAUAUUGUUAUUUUCUUCUAAGUAUGAUCAAGUUAUUUUCUUUGAAACAGCAAAAGAAGGAUGGUGAGGCUACCCCGAAAGCAGGAAAUCAAAAGAAGGCGUCUGCUGCACAAUUGAGGAUAACCAAAGACAUCAAUGAACUAAAUCUUCCAAAGACUUGUAAUACAGAGUUUCCUGAUCCAGACGAUUUGCUAAAUUUUAAACUGGUCAUCUGCCCAGACGAGGGUUUCUACCGGAGCGGAAGGUUUGUUUUCAGUUUUAAAGUAGGGCCCAACUACCCCCACGAGCCCCCCAAAGUCAAGUGUGAAACGCCCGUCUACCACCCCAACAUCGAUCUCGACGGCAACGUCUGUCUCAACAUCCUCAGAGAAGACUGGAAGCCAGUGCUCACAAUCAACUCUAUCGUAUAUGGAUUACAGUAUUUAUUCCUGGAGCCGAACCCAGAAGACCCGUUGAACAAGGAAGCUGCAGAGGUUCUUCAGAACAAUCGACGGCUGUUUGAACAGAACGUACAGAAAGCGAUGCGAGGCGGCUACGUUGGAUCGGUCUACUUUGAACGUUGUCUCAAGUGAUGUGGUCCCGGCGUACAGGCUCGCUGACUGUGAUCUGUGUACUUAGGCAAGCUCUUUUGUACAUAAUACGACUACAGCAACUUGCUUUUAAAUUUUAUUUCCUCUCAGAUCACAACUAUCUACUCUAAAUGCUUAGAUCGCAAAUGUACAUUUACCAUGGAGUUGUCUAAGUGUAAAAAUUUGAAAAAUGUCACUGUAUCAUAUUUGUAAUUAUUGCCAUUUUCUGUCAGUCUCCUGUAAAAUUCCUAAUUUGUAAGGGAUUUUUUUUAUUUAUACAAGAAAAAUAUUUAUUUACAUUUACUAAACUUUCUUUGUGUAAUUUUGUGUACUACAAUUUUAAAUUUUAAUCCUUUACUCAAAAAUCAGACAUAGUGGUAAAAAAUAAAAUACAGACAUCAAAUAAUGAUGAGAUAUCAGUUUCAACAUUAAGUAUUUUAAUUUCCGAUAUUAUCUAUGAAACACUGAGGUGCUACUUCAUAAUGAACAAUUGGUGAUAUUGUAAAAUUAUAGGGAGGCUGUAUGCACACUGUUGGAGCUAAACGUUUGUACAAAUAUGAUGAAUAUUGUUCUUUAGAAGUCUCUUGUCCAGUGACACAAAAACUGCUGAGUAGAAAAGUUAUAGUUGCCAAGAUUUAUAUGAUGAGUACUGUAAUAAAAAGUUUUCAACUCUCCGCUCAAAUUCAAUAAAUACUCAAGAGUGAGUUGUUUAACUUUUCCAGCUAUGCAACCAGGACUUUUUUGUGUUUGUAAAAUUAGAAUUUGUUUUUGUAAGGAAACCACAAAUCUGCAGGCUGAAUCCUAAUUUUGUCACUAUCUAACGUCGAUUUAGUUAUACCACUAAUUAAUGGCAAAUGGAAUGCGAGUCCAGCAUUAUCUUGCUUGGAAUCAAACAAGCAACCUUUGUUCAAGGGGAGCUUGAAACCACUAAACCACCCAGACUAACCUUAGCUGCAGUACAAACAUGAUCAUAUUUACGUUGCUCAGAAAAGGGCUUCUCAUGCCUACUAAUAAGGGAUGAAUGUAAAUAAAUUCAAUACUCGUCUUGUGUGUUACGUGGCAAUGUUUUUCGGACCAAAAUUUUGUAAUCAUUUUGUAGAAAAUAUUUUGGUAAAAUAUGUUUAUUCGUGCACAUUGACUGCUCAACAGGAAGGGUUACAUAAUAUAUUCACUGAUUACCUCAUUAUGGCCAUGAUGUGUCAUACAAAAAGGGAAAGGACACAGAUUUCUGUAUUUUCUUGGACAGGUUAAAAUAUGUUUUCAUCUCAUUACUCAAAAGAUUGUGAAUGAGAAUGUUGCAACGUUUUGCUUCCUCACUGUGUCCAGCUUUGCUAUACAUCAGAUCAUAAUACUGUUUUGUUUUAGGUAAGAGGUUCUCAUAAAUAAUUUCAAUUUACUGUAUACUAAUUAUAUACUCAACCUUAAUGAAAAUAACAAGUGCAUAUAUUGUUUAUUAAGAUGCAUGAAUGGUGUAAAAUACACUUAAGCCUUUGUUUUUGUAUUUAAUUUUUAUUUCAGGAGUCAAAAAAACAUUUUAGGUAUCAACUUGUACAUAUCAAUAAUGGCAAAAAAAAACUGAAACCUCAUUGAAAGAAUUUGAAAUUGUUUUUGAACCUAUUUUAAUUAGAAUAAUACAAAAUACAUUUUAUUUAUUUAUUCUUUUUGUUACUUUCCAGACAUAAACAACUUUUAGUUGUAUUUUAUUAAAAUAAAUAAUUAAAAAUCACUA